AGCCGAGGCUCUCUCGUUCGCGCUUUUCGUAAUCGAUAGAAACCCAAGCCUGAGCGAGCGGCUGGCUGGCGCGGAAGUCGCUCAUAGAAAGUCGCCCGACAACGACGCCGGCCUCCACACACACUCCAGCCGCUCAGCGCAGCAGCACAGCCUUACUCCACCGUCGUCGUUCGCUCGUUCCUGCACGCGUUGCCGCUGCUGCAUAUUCGCGUGUGUAUACUCAGUAUUCUUUGAAUUAAACUCUGACAACAUGUCGGCCGUCGUAUCGAUGAUCCGCUGCCCGGGAGACUACUCGAGCGGUACCGGCAACACGCUCUACGCCUUUGGCCGUUGCGUCUUCCUCUGCAUUUUCCUCAUGUUCGCCUUCUGCUCGGGAUUCGUCCUCCGGCUCGCCGUCGAAGUCUUCGUCUUCAAGUGUCGCACGCUCCACGUGUGCUGAAGCGGAUGGAGGAACACCGGGAGGAAGUAGGAGGAGGAGGAGGAGGAGGAGGAAGAAUCCGCCGGUACCGCGACAUGCCGGUACCGGCUGGAUUCUAGAGAGAACAGAGACUGGCUGCUUUUGUAUAUAGAUGAUUUUUAAGUCACUGACGAUAGUGACGCUAUCGUGGACACUGGUAGCAGCCAUAAUCCUCGGGUUCGCAUCCUGCGAUUCGAGCUCGAGCAGCGAUGUCGGUAGUAGCAACCAGCGCAGUGCCCGGAAGUACCUGGAACUGGACGACCUGAACUCGGGUCACGAGUCUUUGCCGCCUGUCCACGAGUUCGCAAGCGCUGAAGAGGUGGACGGUGUCGAGGCUCGGGUCGUCGAGAGCUACGCGCCAAGGCCGAAGAAAUUCGUGAAGAGAAGCGCGCAGAGCACGGAAAAUCAUGUUAGACUAACGAGACAGCAGCAGCUGCAACAGCAGAGGACGAGAAACUCGAGACAGAAUCAGCAGAAGAAGCAGAGGCCUGGAUUCUUCUGGACUUUGGCUAGGGUCACCUUCGAGACUUUCAACGACACGCGCUCGGCCAUCCAGCAGAUAGGCACUAUCAUCAACGAGGCUGUACCGCCUGAGCGUAAACCGUCGAAGAAACCCUUGCCGACAAAGAAGCCACAGGCGAACAAGACGUCGAGCUUGACGGCUGUCAACGGAACCACGACGACCCCGGCUCCGACGACCACCACCGAGGCGCCGUUCAUGCUGACCAGACCCCUGCUGCAGAGCCUCAUCAGACGCAAUGUCAAGGGACUCGUCAGGCUGUUCAACAUCGAGUGGCGGGAUGCGCUUAAUCAAUCGGAGAAGAACGUGCAGGAGUUCAGGCAAGAUCUCGGCAAGCAAAUAGGCUUCUACCUCCAGGACAACCCGGACGCCUACUGAACGCCUCUAUUCAGCCUCUACUUUGUUCGACGCUGAUACCCGUGAAAGUCGUCGGAGUACUCGCAUAACAGCCGCAUGAAUUCGGAAUAUUCGCAUCUUCGUGCCUCAUUGCCAAAGACUUUAUAAAGCCGCGGCGCAAAGCUGUGUAUCAAAAUCUCGGCUACUCUGUGUAUAACAUUUUGUUUGUAUUUAUGUCGUGCUGCGUCGCGAUGCCAUUAAGACGUUUUACGUUCCCAUUGUCUUCUCUAUCUCUCUCUCUGUGUAUACUCACGAGGAUUAGCUCUGUGUGUUAAAUGCGACGCUUCGCGGUGUACGAAAAUAUGUAAAUAUAAGGCACGUAAUUUACCGUGAGUUUAGUUGUAAGCGGAGUUGAGCUUUUUUUGUCGAAGGAACGUUACCAGUGGAAGCGUGAUACGAUAAUACGAAGGAACGUUAUGAUAUUAUAUGUAUAUUGUUUGUAAGAAAAUUGCGGUGAAAUGUUUUAGCUGAAUAAAAAAGCAUUUUAUUUUA